CCAGACGCUCCGCUCCGCCUCUUAGCCUCCAUUGGUCGUAAGUGCCGCCCGGCAGCCUUGGGAUUGGCCAGACCGGCGGCCCGCCGCGUCCAAUGGGCGGCGGCGCCGGCUUUCCCGCGGCUGUUCGCUAUUUGAGUGGGUCGUGGCGGCGGCGGCGGUUAAGGAGUGUAACGGCCGCCCGGCUCUGGCGCGGCGAUGGCGGCCCUGGGGCCCGGGGGCUAUGCGCGGAGCGAUGCGGUUGAGAAGCUUUCUUCUGUCACGGCGGGGGUUCCAGCGCGGAGGGGCCAGCCCUCCCCGCCCCCCGCGCCACCGCUCUGCCUCCGGCGGCGGACGCGACUCCCGGCGGCGCCCGAGGACACGGUGCACAACAGGGUGUCACUCGAGAAGGUGCUUGGCAUCACAGCCCAGAACAGCAGUGGCCUAACCUGUGACCCUGGCACAGGCCAUGUGGCCUACCUGGCAGGCUGUGUGGUGGUGAUUUUGAACCCCAAGGAGAACAAGCAGCAGCACAUCUUCAAUACUGCCAGGAAGUCUCUGAGUGCUGUGGCCUUCUCCCCUGAUGGGAAGUACAUAGUGACGGGGGAGAAUGGGCACAGACCUGCCGUGCGCAUCUGGGAUGUGGAGGAGAAAAGUCAGGUGGCAGAGAUGCUGGGCCACAAGUAUGGUGUGGCCUGCGUGGCCUUCUCACCCAAUAUGAAGCACAUCGUGUCCAUGGGCUACCAGCAUGACAUGGUACUGAACGUCUGGGACUGGAAGAAAGACAUCCUGGUGGCCUCCAACAAGGUAUCCUGCAGAGUCAUCGCCCUCUCCUUUUCAGAGGACAGCAGCUAUUUUGUCACUGUUGGGAACCGGCAUGUGAGGUUCUGGUUCCUAGAAGUCUCCACUGAAAUAAAGGUGAUGGGCACGGUGCCCCUCGUAGGGCGUUCGGGCAUCUUGGGUGAGCUGCACAACAACAUCUUCUGUGGUGUGGCCUGUGGCCGGGGCCGGAUGGCAGGCAGUACCUUCUGCGUGUCCUACUCAGGCCUGCUCUGCCAGUUCAACGAGAAGAGGGUGCUGGAGAAGUGGAUCAACCUGAAGGUCUCUCUCUCUUCCUGCCUCUGUGUUAGCCAGGAGCUCAUCUUCUGUGGCUGCACAGACGGGAUUGUCCGCAUCUUCCAGGCCCACAGCCUGCACUACCUCGCCAACCUCCCCAAGCCGCACUACCUUGGGGUAGACGUGGCACAGGGCCUGGAGCCCAGCUUUCUCUUCCAGAAGAAGGCAGAAGCCGUCUACCCAGAUACUGUGGCGCUGACCUUCGACCCUGUCCACCAGUGGCUGUCCUGCGUGUAUAGGGACCACAGCAUCUACAUCUGGGAUGUCAAGGACAUCAACCAAGUGGGCAAGAUGUGGUCGGAGCUCUUCCACAGCUCCUAUGUCUGGAACGUGGAGGUAUAUCCUGAGUUUGAAGAUCAGAGAGCUUGUUUGCCAUCAGGAUCUUUUCUGACUUGUUCCUCAGACAACACCAUCCGCUUCUGGAACAUGGAUAGCAGCCCUGAUUCUCACUGGCAGAAAAACAUCUUCAGCAAUACCCUGCUGAAGGUAGUGUAUGUGGAGAAUGACAUCCAGCACCUACAGGACACGUCACACUUCCCAGACCGGGGGAGUGAGAAUGCGACGCCCAUGGAUGUGAAAGCCGGGGUUCGAGUCAUGCAGGUCAGUCCUGAUGGCCAGCAUUUGGCUUCAGGCGACCGAAGUGGAAAUCUGAGGAUCCACGAGCUGCACUUCAUGGAUGAGCUGGUCAAGGUGGAGGCCCACGAUGCCGAGGUGCUGUGCCUCGAGUACUCCAAGCCUGAGACAGGGCUGACCUUGCUGGCCUCGGCCAGUCGGGACCGGCUGAUCCACGUGCUGAAUGCGGAGAAGAACUACAACCUGGAGCAGACCCUGGACGACCACUCCUCCUCCAUCACGGCCAUCAAGUUUGCUGGCAACAGAGACAUCCAGAUGAUCAGCUGUGGGGCCGACAAGAGCAUCUACUUCCGCAGUGCCCAGCGGGCCUCGGAUGGACUACACUUUGUCCGUACCCACCACGUAGCAGAGAAAACCACCUUGUAUGACAUGGACAUUGACAUCACCCAGAAGUACGUGGCGGUGGCCUGCCAGGACCGCAAUGUGAGAGUCUACAACACUGUGAAUGGGAAGCAGAAGAAGUGCUACAAGGGCUCCCAGGGUGAUGAAGGGUCCCUGCUGAAGGUCCAUGUGGACCCCUCAGGCACCUUCCUGGCCACAAGCUGCUCUGACAAGAGCAUCUCAGUGAUUGACUUUUACUCGGGCGAGUGCGUCGCCAAGAUGUUUGGCCAUUCAGAAAUCAUCACCGGCAUGAAAUUCACCUAUGACUGUCGUCACUUGAUCACAGUAUCUGGAGACAGCUGCGUGUUCAUCUGGCACCUGGGCCCUGAGAUCACCAACUGCAUGAAGCAGCAUUUGCUGGAGAUCAACCAGCGUGAGCAGCAGCAGCAUACAAAAGACAGGAAGUGGAGCAGCCACCCCAGACAGGAGACAUACGCAUCCCUGCCCCGUGAGAUUCACUCCCUGAGUCCUGGAGAGCAGACGGAGGAUGAGCUGGAGGAAGAGUGUGAACCGGAAGAGCUGCUGAAGACGCCUUUCAGAGACAGCCUGGAUCCAGAUCCCCGGUGCCUGCUGACCAACGGCAAGCUGCCGCUCUGGGCAAAGCGGCUGCUAGGAGACGAGGACGCAGCAGAUGGCUCAGCCUUCCAUGGCAAGCGCAGCUACCAACCACAUGGCCGCUGGGCGGAGCGGGCUGGCCAGGAGCCCCUCAAGACCAUCCUGGAUGCCCGGGACCUGGAUUGCUACUUCACCCCCAUGAAGCCCGAAAGUCUGGAGGACUCCGUCCUGGACACGGUGGAGCCACAGAACCUGGCAGGCCUGCUGAGCGAGUCAGAGAGUCCCCAGGAGGGUGGCUGCAGGCGUCCCUCCUUCCCCAAGCAGAGGGAGUCACCUGAGGCCAGUGAGCUCGUCUACUCCCUGGAGGCAGAAGUGACAGUCACAGGGACAGACAGCGAGUACUGCGAGAAGGAGGUAGAGGAAGGGCUCGGAGACCAGCACAGCGACUCCUACCUCAGGGUCUCCUCCGUCAGCUCCAAGGAUCAGAGCCCACCUGAGGACUCGGGGGAGUCCGAGGCCGACUUGGAGUGCAUCUCUGCCACUGCCCACCCCUCCCCUCCACGGCCUGACCCGGACUCGCGGUUUGCCAUGGCGACGCCCCCCACGCCAGGAUGCCCAGGUACCGGGGAGUUGUCCCAGCCCGAGGGGCCAGGCAUGUGCACCAGCUCUCUGCCCCAGACUCCUGAGCAGGAGAAGUUCCUCCGCCACCACUUUGAGACACUUACUGACAGCCACCCGGAAGAGCUCUUCCAUGGCUCCCUGAGAGACAUGAAGGUCUCCGAGGCCGAAGACUACUACAAUCCCCGACUGAGCAUCUCAGCCCAGUUCCUCUCAAGCCUCCGGAAGACAUCCCGGUUCCCCCACACCUUCCCCACCCGGCUGCCCCAGCGCCUCGUGACGUCUCCAGAGGUCAAGCCCACAGCCCGAAGGAGAAGCCAGCCCCGAGCAGAGCCCCUGAGAGCAGUUCCCUGCCUUUCAGCACUGGCGCCCCGUGUCCCUCCCUCUUCAGUGCUGCCCACAGACAGGAAGCCUCCGACGCCCACAUCGGCACCCAGCCCAGGCCUGGCUCAGGGUAUCCACGUCCCCUCCACCUGCUCCUACAUGGAGGCCACUGCCAGCUCCCGUGCCAAGAUGGCAUGCAGCAUCUCCCUCGGGGACAGUGAGGGCCCUGUCAUGGCUGAGCUGGCCAGGCCCCUCGGAAGGCCAUCGUCCAUGGGGGAGCUGGCCUCCCUGGGCCAGGAGCUCCAGGCCAUCACUACCACAGCGACACCCAGUUCGGGCAGUAAGGGCCAGGAGCCUGCCAUGCACUCCUGGGGCAACCACGAUGCCCGCGCCGGCCUGAGGCUGACCCUGUCAAGUGUCUGUGACAGCCUGCUAUUGCCCCAACCGCCCCUGGAGCCACCCACCACGUGUGUCUGGUCCCAGGAACUUGUGGACCCUCAGCCUGGUAUCACAGUUACAACAGCCAGCUUCCGAGCCCCCAGCCCAGUGGAUGCGAGCGCCCUGAAGCCCCACAGCUCUGCCUUACUCCCAAGGCUCCCGGCCUGUGAGCCCCUCGACCCUGCUGCCUGCUCCAGCAGCCCCCAGCUUCCAGAGGCCAGGCCUGGAGUCCCUGGCAGCACCGUCUCCCCCCUGGAGCACUGCCCAGAUGCGCUGAGUCUGCACCGGAGCAGCCCCAGGAGCUGGAGCGAGCCUGGGGUGCCAGCUGAGGUCCUGUCCCCAGCUCCCCUUGAGCUGAGCAGUGUAGGAGACAUCUUACACAGGCUGCAGACUGCCUUCCAAGAAGCCCUUGACCUUUACCAUGUGUUGGUCUCCAGUGACCAGGUGGAUGCUGAGCAGCAGCAGGUGCAGACUGAGCUGGCCUCCACCUUCCUUUGGAUCCACAGCCAGCUGGAAGCCAGUGACUGGCUGGUCGGGACUGAUGUGGCCCCAGCCCAGGGCCUGCCCAGCCCCGGGCCCCCCUCCCCACCCGCAGCGUGCCCUCUGGGCAGCCCAGACCUACACGCCCUGCUGGAACACUACUCAGAGCUGCUGGUGCAAGCCGUGCGGAGGAAGGCACGGGGUGACUGAGAGCCAGUGGCCCUCGUCACCACAGUCCUGCUGCCUCUGAGGAAAUAGGUAUUUUAAGCAAAUAAACUGAUAGUUUGCAGAAAUUGUUCCUGGAGCCUAUCUGGGCCCAUCCGCAAAGCCCUCUUCAGGUGGAAGC